CCUCUACAGAGACGUCAUGGAAGAGAACUAUGAGAAUGUGGCCUCACUGGGGUUUCCAGUUUCCAAACCUGAUGUGAUCUCCUGGCUGGAACGAGGGGAGGAGCCGUGGGUCCCAGACCUCCAGGACUCUGAGGAAAGAGAGACCCUGAGACAUACCUGCACAGCAGGUGAUGGGAUGGUAAAUGAGGUGGAGAAUCCUCAACAAGAUGAUGCUGAGCAAGUAGAAGCACAUGGGACGUUAUCGGAAGGAUCCAAAGGGAAUGUUUCCGGGAGCUGUGCAGAGGCAAACGCCUGUGAGAGUCAGCACAGACCAGAGAAAAAGUUCAGUAGAGGCUCAGACCUUAUUAGAUAUGAGAGACUCAACGCAGGAGGAGCACCCUACAUCUGCCUGGAGUGUGGGAAAACCUUCAGACAUAACUCAGUCUUUAUCAUCCAUCAGAGAGUCCACACCGGAGAGAGACCAUACACAUGCCCCGAGUGUGGGAAAAGCUUCAGUCGCAGCUCAAACCUUAUCACACAUCACAGAAUCCACACUGGGGAGAAACCCUUCACUUGCCAUGAGUGUGGGAAAAGCUUCAGUCGGAGCUCAGAGCUUAUGAUACAUAGGAGGAUCCACACAGGAGAAAGACCCUACACUUGCUGUGAGUGUGAGAAAAGCUUCAUUCGGAGCUCAGAGCUUAAUAAGCACCAGAGAAUCCACACGGGGGAGAGACCCUACAGAUGUACUGAGUGUGGGAAAGACUUCAUUUAUAGCUCACAGCUUGUCACACAUCGGAGAAUCCACACUGGAGAGAGGCCCUACUCAUGCCGUGAGUGCGGGAAAGGCUUCACUUCUAGCUCACAGCUUGUCUCGCAUCAGAGAAUCCACACAGGAGAGAAACCUUAUUCAUGCCCUGAGUGCGGGAAAAGCUUCAGUUCCAAAUCACAGCUUGUCUCACAUCGGAGAAUCCACACAGGAGAGAGGUCGUAUUCAUGCCCUGUGUGCGGGAAAAGCUUCAGUCAUAGUUCACAGCUUAUCACGCAUCAGAGAACCCACACGGGAGAGAAACCGUACACAUGUCCUGAGUGUGGGAAAAGCUUCAGUCGGAGCUCAAACCUUAUCAUGCAUCAUAGAAGCCACACGGGAGAGAAACCCUACACGUGCCUUGAGUGCGGGAAAAGCUUCAGUCGGAGCUCAGAGCUGAUCAGACAUCAGAGAAUCCACACGGGAGAGAGACCUUACCCGUGCCCAGAGUGCGGGAAAAGUUUCACUCGGAGCUCAGAUCUUAGUAAGCACCAGAGAAUCCACACUGGAGAGAGACCCUACAGAUGCCCCGAGUGCGGGAAAGGCUUCCGGUACAGCUCACAUCUUGUCUCACAUCGGAGAGUCCACACAGGAGAGCGACCCUACUCAUGCCCAGAGUGUGGGAAAAGCUUCACUGAUAGUUCACAGAUGAUCACGCAUCAGAGAAGCCACACGGGGGAGACCCCCUACACGUGCUCCGAGUGCGGGAAAAGCUUCAGUUGGCACUCAAACCUGAUCACACAUCAGAGAAUCCAUACGGGAGAGAAACCGUACACAUGUCCUGAGUGUGGGAAAAGCUUCAAUCGGCGAUCGAACCUUGCCGCACAUCACAGAAUCCACACAGGGGAAACACCCUAUAGCUGCCCGGAGUGUGGGAAAAGCUUCAAUCGGAGCUCAGAGCUCAUCAUACAUCAGAGAAUCCACACCGGAGAGAGACCCUACACUUGCCAUGAGUGCGGGAAAAGCUUCAUUCGGAGCUCAGAGCUUAUCAUACAUCAGAGAAUCCACACCGGAGAGAGACCCUACAGGUGCCCUCAGUGCGGGAAAGGCUUCAGUUAUAGCUCACAGCUUGUCUCACAUCAGAGAGUCCACACAGGAGAGAAGCCCUAGUCGUGCCCUGUGUGUGAGAAAGGCUUCAGUCAUGGUUCAGAUUAUCACACAUCAGAGAGUCCACACAGCUGAGUAACACUAUACUUGUAUUCAGUAGGGCUGCCGCCUUCUACCUUUUGCAGUUCACCUUUCUUUGGGGUGAAUCCUGCAAUCCUUUCUAUCAACUCCUUUGGCUUAUGAGUUAUGGGAGUGUGUCCCCCUCCUGGCAGAAAUGUCCAUCAGUCCGAGUUGGGAGAGAGAGGGUUGACUUCAUCUAGCUACAUCUGUCUCCACCAGAACUGUAGAUUGAGUGGGCCAUGUCUAUGCUACCACUUAUGUCAGCAAAACUUGUGUUGCUCAGGGAUGUGAAAAAAAACCACUCCUGAGUAACUUAAGUUUUGCCGGCAUAUUUGGAAGUGUGCACAGCGCUAUGUCAGUGGGAGAGCUUCUCCUGCCCACAUAGCUACCACUGCUAGUUGCGGGUAGUUUAAUUAUGUCGACGGGGGAGCUCUCUCCCGCCAGCAUAGAGCGACUACACAAGAGAUCUUACACCAGCGCGGCUGCAUCAGUACAGCUGUGCCGCUGUAAGGUCUCUAAUGUAGACACAGCCUAAGUUGCUCAAAUCAGCUAUCUGGGUGUAAAAACACAACUAUCUUUUCAGGGCGGACAUAACCCAGGUGCGGUGGUUGUGGUUAGCUUUCCUCUUGUGCUGACCUGAUCUCCAUCACUCUUCCUAGUCUGGACAAACCCUGAGCAUCACAUUGCAAAGUGAAUGUUGGUCAUCGUAUUUCGUGGUUGGUCAUCGUGUUUCGUGGUUGGGAAGAGAUUCUUAUUCCCAGUUGUGCUGACAUUGUUUGUGGUGGUGCUGAAUAGCAGGCAGUUUUUCUACCAGUUUUCUUAUUUAGAAUAUAGUGAGAUGUAACAAAAAGACAGGAGGAAAGGUAGAAAAAAAGGAUCAUUUCAGCAUCUGUGAUACCCAGAGGAGAUGGUAUGAGUCAGAGGGAUUCCUUUCCAAUCACCAUCAUGAAUCUCCCGCUACUCCAACAGCAUUGGCUUCUGAGUGAGCCACAAUAGCUUCUCCUCCCCAUGUUCUAUCCCUCCAGCUCCCAAAGUGUCACAUGAAGCAGUGAGUUCUCAGCUCUCUGUGCUUAGGUAUCAGGCUUUGAUCCUAAAUCAGUCUCGUCGGGGCUGGAAAUGAGUGUCACAGACCUAGAGGGGGAACUUGAAAGGAUCCCAAACAGAUGAAUCUUUCUGUGCUUUAAUCCCUGUUUCUGUCUUUUGGCAAAGUUGGUUUUAGGAUUUUUCCAGCUGAGCUGGGAGUGUUUCCAGAUGGGAAGGUUGGCUGAUUUUCCCCAUUAUGAUGAUGGUAAAACCUUUGUAACUAGCAUGACUGAAUAGUAAUGAGGUGAUGCUGAGUGAAGAAGGUUUGAAUGGAUCAGAGGACAGUGCAGUAGGAAAAUCUGUUCUAAUUUGGCAUCAUGAGCUGUAAGAUGCCCUGGAAUUUCAUUUUAUAUGAUACUUAUUUGCUUGUGUGUUGCGGGUUUUUCUCUCUUUCCUGAGGGGAUUUGAUAACAUAACUGUAUAUUAGUUUUUUAUGAUAAGAUGAAGUUCAGGUUUUUGGAGGAGUUUUAGACAAAUGACCAUUUACUAAAACAAUAAUUUAUUUUUGUGUGUGUCUUUUUUCCACUCCUCCAUUAUGACAUGGAGGAAGUUUAAGAGGAAUUCAGUCGUCAGGAGCGAAUACUCAAAGCUAUUGGAUGUGCUAUCAGAGAAACAGUCGCAUUUUUUAAAUUCUACAUCUGACUAAGGAAUGGAAUUGAACAACACUGGGAUCAUAUAGUUUGGGUCAAUAUUGUCUCAGAUGAUUCGAGGACAAUAUUCCACAGUAAGUGACUCAGAACUAAGCAAAAUGCCCAUGUAUUUGGGUCGCAAGAGAAUUGUGGCCCAGGCCUACCAGGAGGUUACUUCUGAAGAUUUCUCUUUCCUAAUCAAGUGCACAUUGCAUAUUAUUUCAGAACACAGUUCCUAUCUAUGCAGAGAUGGAGAAAACGGAAGUGGCAUUUUUGCUGAGUUUACACCUUGUAGAUGCUGCAAAUUUGUAUAAAAUAAAAAUCCGUUGGGAGUGUGAGUUAGCUGCGGCAGUAGAUCUAUUUUUAAUAGAUACCCCACCUUUGGUAACUUACACGGCUUGUGAACCAGGCCCAUAUCUGGGGCACCAGAUUAAAUAAAUAAACUGGGCAUGCUUGGUUGGGGAAGCGAUUCCUCACUCUAUGACUACUGUGAUGUAGUAAAGGAUUCUACUCCAGAGAAGUAAAGUUUACCCUGACCAUGGCCAAGAAUUAGAGUAGAGCUCAAGUAGAAAUAAUAGAAACCCAGUGGUUGAUUUUUACCCCAGAGAUGGAAACUAGGGUAACCUUAGGCUCAGGUAAACUAUCUAUGUUUAGAACACUACCUCCUAGUCCAGUGGCAGUGAUUAUGGUUCAAACGAUGCUGUGGUAAGAUAUGGGGGAGUUGUCCUUUACCAUUUGGAUCCAAAGUUUUAUGAGCCAAAGAAAGAAACAGUUGAUGCCUUCAGAGGACAGUCCUUCCCUAUGGAUCCCAGUCUGGCUGUCUUGUGGGAGAAGAAGCACUUCCAUGCUGUGCAAGUGAUGAGAAAACAAUGAGGGAAUAAAUGUCAGACUCCCAAGCUCAGACUGCAGGAAUGACGAAUGUUGAGUCCUGAUUCUGUGGAUCUGUCUCUCAGUUUUGCUCAUGGGUCUCAUGAAUUUGCAUCGCUUCUCCACCUCCUGCUACUUUGAAAGAUUAAAAUUGUGAAAAUAGCAUACACGUGGUUUUUCCUCAUGAUGAGAACACAUUUGAGAUGACUUCCACCAACACUUAUGUCUGAAGACCCUGAGAUAAAUGAGCUCCCAGAAAUAGAAGGCACCUAUGUUAGUACAAAACAUAACUUUACACAAGGUCACUUGAUGGAAAAGGAGAUUAAGAGAAAACUAACCCCUAUGAUAAAAUUGUGUAGCCUUCAAAUAUGUUACCAGUGAAAAUGGAAUUAAACAUAAAGUUUAUUGCAGAAUAAGAGACUGAUUAUGUAAUAACCUGAACUACUUUGUAACACUGAAAGCUUUCUGGGUUCAGAAAAGAAUUAGAUAAGUUUAUGUAGUAUCGGUCCAUCAAUGACUAUUAGCCAAGAUGGCUAAGCCUUUGACAGUCAGAUGCUAGGAAUGAAUGACACAGAAUGGAUCACUCGCUAUUUCAUGUGUUCAUUCCCCCGAAGCAUCUGGCAUUGGCCACUGUCAGAAGACAGGAUACUGGGCUAGAUGAACCAUUGGUCUAACCCAGUAUGGCCGUUCUUAUGUUUCUUUCCCCGGCCUCCCCCAGGUAGUAUAUGAAAGGUGACUACUCCUGUACAGUUUAGUUGAUGUAAUUUACUCUCUUUGGACUAAGGAGUUCUAAAUUAAAACCUCACUCAAAAGGGGCUGGUAUAUGGCAGUAUGUAGGAGAAAUAGUGUAUAUCAAAAUAAAGACCUAGUAUAGACUUUAAUUAUUUCUAUUUCAAAUGGAUUUUUGAUAAGCUUUUAAAAUAAUGUUUCUGUUGAGAAAAAAUUAUGUAACCUUUUACCCAGUUAUACUGUAACAGCCGCUGAGAUCUCCAGUUCUCUUGUUUGCAAACAGCAUCUUGUUUGAUGUCCCAUCUGUCAGGAGGUGUCUUAAUUUAAAUUGGUGAUGGGUCCAAGAUAGUAGCUUUUCUGAUUUUUUUAAGUUUUGGGUUUUUUGCAACCAUUUUUUUCAUGGGUGCUAUGGCCCUUUUCAGUUUGAGGAGGCCAGCUCUUAGAGCACGUCCAUUUAACUCUCAGAGUAGGCUGUGGAAACCUUCAGAACUUUUGUUUUUGAUAACUUUGGGGACCUCACAUCCAUGCUGCAUGUGGUUUGCUACAAUGAAUACUUUAAGAAACUUCUAGGUGAAGUGAGACUACCAAAGUGACUUUGGUCCAAAGUGUUCCUCGUUUCAACUGGCUCAGGACACAUUGUGUGUAUCCAAGGAGUUUUCACACCUGAUUUGCCUGGAGACUUCAGGGAAUCACUGCAAAGUGAGGUAUGGUGGAAUCAUCAAUUUUAAAGAUCAAGAUAAAGGUAAAAGUCCUUUACCUUUGAUGUCAACAAGGUCUCUAACGGAGACUGAUAUACCAUGACCCCAAGACUGAUCCCCUCUGGGGAAGGAAGUCACUUCAUCAAUAGGCUAUGACAGCCUGGACUAGUCUGCCUGUACUUAAAAUAGCACACUAGCCUGGCAUGCUGGUCCAGCUAUGCCAUUGCCUGGUUCCUUCACUGCAGCUACACCUCUACUCCACUCCCUUGGCAUUUUAGUAACCAUGGGUGGCAGGUUAUAUCUGUGUACAGUGUCCGGGCUCCAGGAAUAUUCAGGGCCGGGUGCCCUGCUCCAGCAAUAGUUGGAGCUGGGUCUCUCCCCCGGCCGUGCCUGGAUCAGGCCCCGGUCCCGCUCCCCUACGCAUCUCCCCCCCGCUGUGUCUCUGCCCGGAUGUUGAAAUGCCCAUAGUGGUCCUGGGAGACCCGGCAUACCCCUUAAUGCCAUGGCUCCCAAAACCGUACACAGGAAGCCCGGAUAGCAGUAAGCAGCGUUUCAACAGUAGGCUCAGUGCGGGAUGACCAUGGAAUGUGCAUUUAGCAGAUUAACUGCAUGCUGGUGAUGCCUUUAUGGCAGGUUACACCUCAAUGAGGAAAAUAUUCCCAUGGUCAUAGCCGUCUGUUCUAUGUUGCACAAUAUUUGUGAAGGUAGGGGGGAAAAGUUUGCUCAGGGGUGCAGUGCAGAGGCAGAUGGCCUGGCUGCUGAUUUGGAGCGGCCAGAUCCCAGGGCUGUUAAAGGGGCACAACUAGGGGCAAUUCACAUCAGGGAGGCUUUGAGGCAACACUUUGAAAAUGAGAAGCAGUAAUGUAUAUUACCGUGCUCGGGACUGCAGUGGUUAAUGAAAUCAAGCUUUGCUAGCAAGCGCUUUGUGAUUUUUGUGGCCUAGGAGUCCAGUAAGCAAAUGAUUAAACUGCUAGUGUAUCUCUUGCUGCUGCCUGCUGUCACAAUUUGCAGGAAACAAAGAUUAUUUAUCAUUCAAAAACUUUUAUUGCACAGAAACCACAACCCCCCCCCCCCACACACACACACACAUGCUUCGUGGGAAAGGUGGGACCAGGGAAGGGCUGACUUUCAGAGCUGUGUGUAAGUCCGGCUUUCAUUUGAAAAGGUGUCUGUGGGGGAGGAAUGAAUGAGAGAGAAGUCCCAGAAAGCGUAAAGGAAUUCACAGGUGGAUUUUGGGGAUGGCAUAGGAAAGAGUUCGGUAUGUGUUGAAGGGGAGGGCAGGAACACAUUUGCUCAGUCUGGAGCAUUAUGAAGGACUUCAGCAUCUCAGUUUGCUCCUCCAUAAUUUUAAUCAUCCUCUCAGUAGUGUCCUUAACGAAGGACUCAUUUUUUCUGUCCUGCCUUUCAAUUUCUCCACUUCAGGUGUUACCUCUUUUCUGCAUCUGAGUAUUGCUGCAGCUCCCAGAACAUGUUCUUCUUGCUCUGUCUUGGGUGCUUUCUUAUCUAGCAGAGGCACUCCGCCGGUGAGUAGGAGAUGCCUCUGAAGGCCACAUCUGCAGAAGCACAACAAACAAACCAGAGAAGCAUGAUUGUUAAGUAUACACACAACAUUGAAACAGUACAGUAAAAUACACCUCUAGUAGCAUACCAAUCAUUUUCUCACCCUUGAGACGCACACAGGUUAGCGAACACGCCAAGCAUAGUGAGUUUACCCCUGGAGCAGAGAGCGUUGUACGUGGGGAGAAAAGCAAUGUGAAAAGGUCACUGUGCAGUUGACUAGGGACAAUAUUCUAACUUUCCCCACCCUUUUCCACAGGCGCCGUGGGGUCAUUGUAGCAGAUAUCUCGCUCCUGAGAGUAAGCAGGGAAGCAUAGGUACAUCUACUACAUGCUUGCAACUUCCAACCCGGUCCCUAUGCUGCUUUCCUGUGUGCCACUUUGGUCCCUGUGCAAGUGAUUGCAGAAUGGUGUGGGAAAAUUUCCUUCAAGGGGGGAAGGAAUGAAGCCGCUCUGUCAAGGAACCUUUGGCAGAGGAUUGGCAAGUACCUCCAGAAAAGUUUCCUAGAGAUCUUUCUGGAGGAGUCACGUGAAAUCUCGGUGUGUAUCAACACCCUGUUCCGCUGUAAUGCUUGGCUGCAUAGGGAAGUGUCCAGCGUGCAGGAACAUAGGCAAGCGUUUACAUUUCUAUGCCCUCAACCCGCUCUGCACUUCACAAAGCAAAACCAUUUACCAGGGGUCUCCUCAGCAACUGCUGAGACUGCCUAGACACCUCUAGAGUGGAGAACUGCUCCGGACAAUGCAUCACCGGGCGACCCCGCCAUGGGCUCCACUUCGUGGUCUAACUCCCCCUGUUCGUCAAUGACUUUGCCUUCUGGGUUAGGUCCACUUUCUGCCGGCUCCAGUCCUGCUGAAGUAUCCACAGGGCUCUUGGUGGUGGCAGUGGGGUCACAGUUGAGGAUGGCAUCCAGCUCCUUAUAGAAAUGGCAGGUCUUCAGCACAGCCCCGGAGCGAAGCCUUGCCUUCCGGUACACCUGUCUCAGCUCCUUGAUCUUUGCUCUGCACUGCACCGUGUCCCGAGCGUAGCCCUUUUCACACACGCCUCAAGAAAUCUGCCCCUAGGUAUCAAAAUUCCCACAGCUAGAGUACAGCAGGGACUGCACAGCUUCCUCUCCCCAAAUACUGAGCAGAUCCAGCAC